AUGGGAUUCAAGAGUGGGAGAGGGAGUGAGAGUGGAGUGGGAGUGAGAUUGAGAGUGGGAGUGGGAGUGGAAGUCGUAAUGGUUGUGGGAAUGGGAGUGGAAAUGGGAAUGGGAAUGGAAGUGGGAGUGGGAGUGGGAGUGGGAGUGGGGAUGGGAGUGGGAAUGGGAGUGAGAAUGGGAAUGGGAGUAAGAACGACCCCUACCAAGUCUGCAGGAUUCUUCUCCGUUGCUAAGGACAACGAGGGACGCCCUCUCAUUGGCCACUGUCUAACUGAUCACGUGAUGAAGACAGUGCCAGCGAGAACCAAGCUGCGUUGCGCCGCAGAAUGCAUUCACGAAGUUGGUUGCAAGUCCAUCAAUUACAAAGACGGAGUAUGCGAGCUGAAUGAAGAAACAAGAGCAAGCGUUCUUUCUAGUUACUUCUCACAAUAUGAUGGAUGCAGUUACUAUGAGCUUAUCUGA